AGGUGUGGGCGGGGAUCUGGGGGGGUGGUAAAGUGGGACUAGAUUGUAUCAGUGAGGAAAUAAAGGGCACUGAGAAAGCCCAAGUGCUGUGAGUGCAGACCCUUGUGAGAUGCCUCUGCAGGGACUCGCUGAGAGCUGUUUGCAGGCAGCAGAAAGGCUGCGCAGGAACCUGUGUGUCACAGCUGAGCCACCAAACGCUUCUGUGAGUGCCAGGAGUUUAUUGUGCGGCCAGGAAGGCCACAGAAGAGCUGCAGAAGCAGCAGCAGAAGGAGUGGUGGGCCCCAGAGAACAAGGCCAUCAUGGCCAAGAUGACACCAGGGGAGAUGCUGGAGGACAUGCCACGCUUGGAGCACAGGAGCUCCUCCAGCAGCUGCUCUGAGGCAGAGGAGAUAAAGAACAAGGCAGGGAAGAGGAUAGUGGAGUGGUGGGCCCCAGGGAACGAGGCCAUCAUGGCCAAGAUGACACCACGGGAGAUGCUGGAGGACAUGCCUGCCUUGGACCCCUGGAGCUCCAGCAGCUCCUCUUCCUCAGAGGAGAGAAAGAACAAGGCAGGGAAGAAGAUAGCAAAGUGGUGGGUCCCAGGGAACGAGGCCACCAUGGCCAGGAUGAGUGUCCGGGAGAUGCUGGAGAACAUGCCAGGCUCGGAGCCCUGGAGGUCCUCCAGCAGCUGCUCUGGGGCGGAGGAGGCAGCCAAGAACAGGGCAGCAAAGAGGAGGAGCCAGGAGCCCAGGACCAUGCCGGGGGUCUCCACUGCCAAGUCCCCUCAGAGCUCUGCAUCUCCCUCGGGCUCCAAUGUCCAACAGCCUCUCCAGCCUUCGGAGCAACAGAAGGAGCCUGGCAAAGAGCCGAGCCCAGGCGGGGACCAAGUCCCAGAGCCUGGCACGGAGCAGAGCCAGGACAGUAGCCAGCAGCCGCAGCAGCCUACGCCUGCAGCCGCCCGGGCGAGUGACGCCGGGGCACAGAGCAGCGCAGAGGAGCCCAGCAGUGCAGGGAGGAAGCCGAGCACGCAGCAAGCUGGGCUCUGGAGCCGCCUGAAGAGCUGCUGCAUUCGCUGCUGGCUCUGCAGAUGCUGCCCCUGUUUGCAGCGCUGGGCCCGGAAGAAGCAGGGGGUCCCCUAGAGACCCCAUCUCUGUCCUCCUGCCAGUUCUCUUACUCUCCAUCAAUGAACGCCUUGGACUGGUGGGGAAGGAAGCUGGGGCGUAAGAGGAAGGAGCAGAAAGCUGCAGCCAAAGCUCAGACAGAUUGUCUUUUGCAUAUCUGAAUGGAAAUGCAUUCCUCCUGGGGCCACCUGUCUGCAUCAGCAAACAGAAGAACAACAAGGACUUUGAAGUUCAUCAGGAAGAACACUGAAGAGAAGACCCUUACUUCAUCAAAGACCUCCAGAGGGACCACCGGAUAAAAGGAGACCUGUGUGGAAGAGACACCUCCCAUUCCUAAAAACUGAUAAAGAAAUCCCAACCUCUU